AUGUCAUGUACAUCGGCACUUUUCAAUUCAUUGGAUUGGGUAGAGUCAUCAUCUUGGGAUGGACGAUAUGCUCUUGUAGUCGCUGGUGAUAUUGCUGUUUACGCAUCUGGUCCUGCACGUCCUACUGGUGGUGCAGGAUGUGUUGCUAUGCUUAUCGGUAAAGAUGCUCCAAUUGUUUUUGACAGAGAUUUGACAUCGGAAUUUCCAGUAGUAGAUGGUCAUUUAAGUAAUUCAUGUUAUCUUAAGGCUCUUGAUAUUUGUUAUAACAGAUAUAUUGACAAAUUGGAGAAAGUUGAAGAUCCUACAAUAAAAUUUUUUGAUUACGCUCUUUUCCAUUCACCAUAUUGUAAAUUGGUACAAAAAAGUUAUGCAAGAUUAUUUUAUAAUGAUUUUAAAAGAAACCCAACGCUCGAAGGUUUUGAAUCUGUUCUUCAAUUCCAAAAUAUCGAUUAUGAAGAAUCAUUAAGAUCAAAAGAACUUGAAAAGGCUCUUGUUGGAAUUAGUAAUUCAUUUUAUCAAAGUAGGGUACUACCGACUCUUUUGCUUGCUACUCAAAUUGGAAACAUGUAUUGUGCAUCUUUGUAUGGAACUCUUGUAUCUUUAUUAUCAAGUGAAGAUGUAAAAGAUUUGGUGGUUUUCUUUUUUUUCACAUGGUCAUCAAUUGAAGUAAAUAACUUAUUAAUUCUUUGCCCUUCAACACAAAAUAAUAACAAAACGCAAGAUUAUAAAUAUUCAACAAUAAUGGGAAAAAACUAUUAUCAAAUUUUAGAAGUUGAUAAGAACGCUGACGAAGAAGCUAUUAAAAAAGCCUAUAAAAAAUUAGCUCUUAAAUGGCAUCCAGACAGACAUCAAAGUAAUAAAGAACAAGCAGAAAAAAAGUUCAAGGAAAUCAGCGAAGCUUAUGAAGUAUUAAGAUUUCCAGGUGGAUUUCCAGGUAGUUUUCCAGGUAGUUUCCCAGGUGGAUUUCCAGGUGGAUUUCCAGGCGGUAGAACAUCAUAUACAACAUUCACUUCGGGAUCUGACGGAUUUAAUGGAUUUAAACCAUCCGAUCCAAAUCAUAUUUUUAGUCAAUUCUUUCAGUCUUCAUUCGGUAAUGAUUUUGCAGGAUUUGGACCUGAAUUUGAUGUAGGUGGCUCAAGACCUGAUGGUAAUAAAAGAUCACAUGGCAAUGGUACAGGAACAUUAGAAGUUAAACAUACAUUAUCAUUAACACUCGAAGAAAUAUAUAAAGGUACUGCUAAAAAACUCAAAGUCUCUCGAAAAACAAUUGUCGGCGCAACUGGUAAACAAACACUUACUGACAAAAUUUUGGAAAUGAAUGUAAGACCUGGUUUGAAAGCCGGUACAAAAUUCAGGUUUCCCAAAUCAGGUGAUGAAUUACCAACUGGUGAAACACAAGAUAUUGUUGUAAUUUUAGAAGAAAAACCUCAUCCGCUAUUCACAAGAAAUGGUGACAAUUUACUAAUAACAGUCACUUUAACUUUACUUGAGGCUCUUACCGGUUUUAAGAAAACCAUAAAUACCUUAGAUAAUAGAAAUUUGGCGAUAUCUAAUUAUAACGCUGUUAUAAGACCUGGUUAUGAACAAAUUUUUGCAAAUGAAGGUAUGCCAACAAAAGAACAGACUAAAAAAGGUGAUUUAGUAAUAAAAUAUGAUGUUAAAUUUCCUACUAAAUUAACUGAUCAUCAAAAACAAGAACUUGCAAGGAUUUUACAUAAUUAG